AUGAGUGGGGGGAAUAUAAAAGUAGUUGUCAGAUGUCGUCCUUUAAAUUCAAGAGAAAUUGCUCGAGGGGCAAAAUGCCUCAUCAGAAUGGAGGGGAAUCAAACUAUUAUUACCAGGCCUGAUGGUACUGAUCCAGCAAAUGCAAAAAAAAGAGACGCUGGUGAUGAGGUUAAAGCAUUUACUUUUGAUAAGUCUUACUGGUCUUUUGACAAAAGGGAUCCAACUUAUGCUACUCAAUCAAU